AUGAGGGAAGUAAAUUUCAGCAUUCCGAACGUCAACAAGGCGGCUGUCAACAUCACAACUACGCUUUACGACCGACGGGCCCUUGACUGCACUUCCACGCUUCCUCUCAUGAACUCCCUGAACCACCUUGCCUACCUCACCACAUCCUCUGCCAGAAUUCGUGACAUACUUACCGUCGAUGGAGGAAUUGAGCAGUUAGUAUGCAUUCUGAAGGAAGGGAGGAGCAAGGACUUGAUGGAGAUGUGGAAAUGGAACCUUGCCUUCCAGUGUGUGGUCAAUAUUGGAGUCCGUGGCACGGAGAAUGUGAGGACGAGAGUUGUUGAGGCAGAUGUUGUGCCGGUAGUUGCCACAAUCCUCGAUAACUACAUUCGUGUGGUCGAUAAAAUAAGGGCACGUGCCGAUGCAGAAGCACAGCGGAACACGAGAGUUUCCAAAACAUCCCGUUCACGCGAUCAGAGCAAUCGUUCAUCCUUCUUUGAGAGAGCUCCGGCAUCGUCAGACCACCGCACCACUCGCCGACAAGCCCCACCCCCGUCGAUUGAGAUUCCUCAUCCAUAUUCUCGAGAUGCCCAACACGGAGAGUCUGGCGCGAUGGAAAUCACACCGUCCCCUCAAGUCAUCCUAACUUCUCCUCCAGAUCGCACGAUAUUUUCCCGUGAUGCACGCAGCCAUAGAACAAUCGAGAGCCGCCAUCAGCUAGGAACACAUCGUCAUCGAGUAAUGCAACCUCUUGCAACAGCUGUUCCUCCUGUGGAUGGCACUGUUGGUUUUGGGCUUCGUCCUGUUCGUGACGCUGACCGGUUGCCGCCAAUGCUUCCAGGCCUGCAACCGGGACUUAACUCUCAGCCAGAGUCACCAACGACGCCCCACGGCGUUGGUGAACAUCAAAACCCUGCUCCCAUGAAUGCGAGAGCGAGACGACGCCCAUCGAUUCGCCAGCAGCCUUCGGCAUCGGGAGAGUCUGACGAUGCUAAUGGAGAUGAUGUGGUCAUGGGAGAGGACCCUUCUCCACACCACGUUACUGAGCCCAUAGUUGAUAUGCAGAACGGAAUGGAAAUCGAUGAUGUUGGCGAAAGCGGCUCCAUGCUUGACGGUAGCUCCGAGACCCAUGGAAUCACGAUUCCAAACCCGUCCGAUACACCUGAAGCGGAGACUUUCAAUAUCACUCACCCAUCUGCAAUUGACGUAGGCAUCAUAAACACAACAGCGCAGCCCGGAAAUGGUGUUGCUGGCCUUUCACCCGUCCGCCCGACUGCGUUAAACACUGCGUCUCCUGUUCCUCAGCAAAACCUCUAUCCUUUCUACCUGAGAGAUCGCCAAGUACCUCCCGGUGUUUUGACUGCGAUGCCUCGAGAUGAAGAUGUCUUGAUGGCCUUACAACUUCUAGCAUAUGUCUCGAAAUAUUGCAAUUUACGCUCGUAUUUCCAAAAGACACAUUUGGUUCCAAGAUUGAAGUUGGGUAAGGACAUUCACCUCUUGGACGAUCCCAAUGCUCUGUCUCAACCUCCGCUGGAGCCGGAGGAAGAGGAAGAGGAAUACCUACUACCCGAUGAUUUCAACAUAUUCCCACUUGUUGAAAAAUUCACCAUUCGACACCACACCAAGGAUAUGCAAUACUGGGCCUGCGUUGUGAUGCGAAAUCUAUGCCGCAAGGAUGAUGCCAGGGGCGGUAUUCGCCAGUGUGCAUACUACAAGUGUGGGAAAUGGGAGGAGUUCCAACGCCAAUUUGCGAAAUGUAGACGAUGCCGCAGGACAAAGUAUUGUAGCAAAGAUUGCCAGAAGAAUGCCUGGGCCUUCCAUCGUCAUUGGUGCCAUAGCACCCCAGGCCCUUCCGAGCAGGCACAGUCUUCUGAGCAGCCACAACCUUCUGAGCAGGCGCCAUAA